AUGAGUGCUGGCAGAGGGAAGGUACCUAUUAAUUCCUUGCCGGGCACCAAUACCGAUCCCGGUAGCCAGUAUGCAGACCCUGAAGGUGUGCCGCAUGGUGUACUGCUGGCCAUGCCCCUGGGUUUCCCACAACCCACCCGGGGACAUUCCUUGUCUUGGAGGACCAUCGGUGGUGGAAAAAGGAGGGUACAGCAGGCAUCGGCCGGGGGGGGGGGGCCGCUUUCAGAACGGUACGCUGUCACGAAUAAGCUGCUGCCGAUGAACGAAAACGGCAUUGUACGCUCAACACCCGCAGCCCGAAACCGGGGAAAAUGGGCAUAUCGCGGCUCUGAUUCGGCCAUCUGA